AUGGAAGAAUUAAAUACAGCAUCUACAACAAGGCACAUUAGGUUAGUUAGCAUAAGAGAAGGAAGCUGUGAUUCCGCGCAAAUCUUACCUAGCACAGAGCUGCAAUCAGUUCAAGAGCCCAUCUCUGAGGAUUUUAAGACGCAAGCUAGCCCAACCCUCAUCGAUAGAAUACUCUAUGGGGAUCAGGAUAUUGCAACAUGGUUGAAUAUAGUGAAUGGGUCUAUUUGGGGUGUAUUGGCAAGAGAGGGAGUUAAAACUUUGACUACGUUUCCUGGAUCUUAUUUGCUGGGUGUAGUUUGGGCUAAUUUUGGGGCAUGUGUUGCCAUGGGUGUUUUUCUUGAAUCGUAUAACAUUUGGAAGGAUAUACUUGAUUCAAACAUAUUCAAGCUGAGAAACGAAAUCGCAGUUUACACUGGGAUCACUACGGGAUUUUGUGGAGCUUUCUCUUCAUUUCCUUCGGCGAUACUUGAGAUAUUCUACAUGACGUCAAACACAGUACCUCCAACUCCAUUCGAAUAUCCCAGUAAAGGAUACGGUGUUGUGCAGUUCUUUUCUGUUACAAUAGCUCAGUUUGGAUUAUCUAUCGUGGGUUUUCAGCUAGGAAGGCACGCAUCUUGGUCUAUUGAUGCGUACUUACCUCGUUUUAGCAAAACUUCGCUCAAGGUAGUGAAUUGCACAGCUAUGGCUAUCGGUCUAUUUGCAUUCAUAACCAUCUGCAUAUUAAUUGGUAUCCAAGAUGUUGGUACGUGGAGAUCUUGGGUAUUUGCUUGUUUUUUUGCACCAUUUGGCGCACUUUUAAGAUUCUAUAUCUCCAGAGGGUUGAACCCAGUUAUUAAAAAUUUUCCUUUAGGGACAUUUAUUGCUAAUUCAUUGGGUACCUUGCUAAUAGCAGUAUUUACACUAGUUUCCCGGGGAAAGCAGCCUGGUUUCCCUACGAGAAGGAUAGUGAAUAAAUACAUUGCAUGUCAUAUAUUAGUUGGGCUAGACGAUGGGUUUUGUGGAGCAUUAACGACUGUAAGUGCUUUUGUCGUUGAACUUUUUCGAUUAAAGAGAUUCGACGCUUAUAAGUAUGGAAUUUUUUCGGUAGGUAUUAGUUUUGCUAUGACGAUGAUCAUACUAGGGUCCUUUAAUUGGACAGUGGGCCUAACGCUGGCAGUAUGUACUUAG